AUGUCGGACGUUGAAGACGAGUACGAAGACGAGGAGGAGCUCGAAGAGGAAGACCAAGGAGCCGAUGAAAAUCAAGAGCCAGAAUCAGAGGUGGGUACGGUAUACCGGCAGUGAUAAACUACGGUAGAUAGAGAAAAUACUGUGUUAAUAACUAAACAUAAAUUCUAUCAGAUUGUUAGAAGUUUUAGUAUUCAUAGUUAAAUUUAAAAAUCUCAAAAAUUUCUGUAAUGAAAAAAAAUCUGAUUUUCGUCUUGCAACACGUGGAUAACUCGAAUUUUCAGAUUUCUGGAAGUUUUCUUUUUUUCGUGUAAAAAUAAUUUUCGAAGUUAGAUUCUGAAAGGUUUCAAAAUUAGAACUCCCCGUAUUUUUCUAUGUAUCAAACCGGAAGUCUGCAAUUCACAAAAUUCUACACUUCUGAAAAUUGAAAAUCUAAGUUAUCCAAUUAUUGUUUCACCUCGUCUUUUUUGAAAAUCGACAGAAUUGAAAGUUUCAUAAACUCUCCACGUGUCAUAAAUUUUCCAAAUUUUACAAUUUCCCAUUUUACAACGCGUUCCAAUUUUAUUAACAAUAGUUCAACUUUUUCGAACCGACAACAAAAACAACAACAAAAGUUGUUAGAGAAAUUUUGCCAUUUCAUCUUCUCGUCAGCCAGUCUUUCCCCACAUUGUUGUAAUACGCGCCUGCGGGAGUUAGCUCAUUUCAGUGGAAGAGACAGAUGAAAAUCUCUCACUAUCUAACACUAUUUCUCUCGCUCUCUCGCUUGCUCGUUUUACACUUUUUUCAAGCCGAUGUGUAUUGGCAAUCAAAAAUAUUCAGAAGGGAUCGAGAAUGAAAUGAAAAGCUUAUUAAUUUUUUUUUUAAUUCGAGGAAAGAAUGAAAAACAAAACCAAAUAUCAGAUGAAAUAUAAAUACAUUUCAGGCGGCUGAUGAGCCAGAAGAGGCUGCUCCAGCUUCACCACCAGCUGCUGCUUCACCAAAAGCCGCUGCACCACCAGCUUCAUUGAAAUCGCCAACUCCAGGAGCUCAAGUUCAAUUCACUCCAUCAAUUCCACAAUCCGUUUUGAGAAGACAACAAAACUAUUCCGGUGGAAAACCAUCAACUGUUCACACCAAGGAAAAGCUCAUGAAAUCCGAAGGAAUUAUCCCAAUUCAAGCCGGAUCCAACAAAUAUGCUUCUCAAAAAGGAAUGACCGGUUUUGGUGUUCCUCGUGACGUCAUCGAUAAGGUCAAAUCUGAAAACUUGGCUGAAAUCACCGAUGAGAAGAAGAUUGCCAACUUGAAGGGAUCAACCUGGUUGCAAUCUGGUACCAACAAAUUUGCCUCUCAAAAAGGACAAACCGGAUUCGGUUGUCCAAGAGAUGUCAACUAUUUGACCAAAGGAACCGGAGGAGCUCAAGAAGUUCCAGAAGAGAAAGCUCGUGCUACCAACGGUAUUGUUCCACUUCAAUCCGGAACCAACAAAUUGGCUUCACAAGCUGGUAUGACUGGAAUUGGUAUGCCAAGAAUUGUCGAUGUCCGACGAACAACAGAUCAAGAUCGUGAUUCGCAAGGAUUCAUCCAUCUUCAAAUGGGAACCAACAAAUUUGCCAACCAAGCCGGUAUGACUGGAUUUGGUAUGCCAAGACAUAACAUCACCAAGUGAGUUCAAGCGAUAGAAUUUUGAAAUUUAUUUAAAUUUUUCUAACUUCUAGAUACAAGGAUGAAGUUCGUGGAGAUAUGCCACAUGACGAAGGAUCUCUUUCAAGACAAACAUCUGGAUGGAAAGAGGGAGCUACCCAAGCUGGUAUGUCUGGCUUCGGUGCUUUCCGUAACAACACUGUCGCCUUUAUGCAAUCACAAGAUCAACGAUCACAAGGAAUGAUCCCAUACCAAAUGGGAGUCAAUUUCUUGGAAUCCCAAGCCGGUAAGACCGGAUUCGGACAACCACGUCAAGUCUACACUCCAUUCACCGACGACACUCACGAGGAUUUGCCAGCCGAUUUGGCCAGACAACCCGAUGUUCCAUUCUGGUCGGGACAACACGAAGCACAACACGCCAAUCAAACCGGUAUGACAUCUUUCGGAACUCCUCGCGAUGUUCGUGGUGAAUAUGUGCGCCGUAUGUGGUAA